GAGUUCUGCGGAACUCAUUUUGAGCACGGGGAUUUUAGCCGGUAGGAUUUAAGAAAGGGUUCACUUCCGGUAGCACCGGAAGCAGUUUGAAGAUGGCGUCCUCCAAGCCGGACGGGCAAGCUACAGCGUCUAGGAAAAGUGAAUUUCGUAGCCAGAAGCCGAAGCCGGAGAGCCGAGAUGAAUCAGAACUCCUCACUGUUCCUGAUGGUUGGAAGGAGCCAGCUUUUUCCAAAGAGGACAAUCCCAGAGGACUCUUGGAGGAGAGCAGUUUUGCAACUUUGUUUCCAAAAUAUAGAGAGGCUUACUUGAAAGAGUGCUGGCCAUUGGUACAGAAAGCCUUGAGUGAACAUCAUGUUAAUGCAACCCUGGACCUGAUCGAGGGCAGCAUGACUGUCUGUACAACAAAGAAGACAUUUGAUCCAUAUAUCAUCAUUAGGGCCAGAGACCUAAUAAAACUGUUAGCAAGGAGUGUUUCAUUUGAACAGGCAGUACGAAUUCUUCAGGAUGAUGUUGCAUGUGACAUCAUUAAAAUAGGUUCUUUAGUAAGAAAUAAAGAAAGAUUUGUAAAAAGAAGACAACGGCUUAUUGGUCCCAAAGGAUCUACGUUGAAGGCAUUGGAACUCUUAACAAACUGUUACAUUAUGGUACAGGGAAACACGGUUUCAGCCAUUGGACCUUUUAGUGGCUUAAAAGAGGUUCGAAAAGUAGUCCUAGACACUAUGAAGAAUAUUCAUCCAAUUUAUAACAUUAAAACCUUAAUGAUUAAACGAGAGUUGGCGAAAGAUUCUGAGUUAAGAUCACAGAGUUGGGAAAGAUUUUUGCCACAGUUCAAGCACAAAAAUGUGAAUAAACGCAAGGAACCAAAGAAGAAAACUGUUAAGAAGGAGUAUACACCAUUCCCACCACCACAGCCAGAAAGUCAGAUUGAUAAAGAAUUGGCUACUGGUGAAUACUUUCUGAAGGCAAGUCAAAAGAAGAGACAGAAGAUGGAAGCAAUAAAGGCUAAGCAAGCAGAAGCUCUUAGUAGGAGACAAGAGGAAAGAAACAAAGCAUUUAUUCCACCUAAAGAAAAACCAGUUGUGAAACCUAAGGAAGCUUCUACUGAAACUAAAAUUGAUGUGGCCGCCAUCAAGGAAAAGGUUAAGAAAGCAAAGAGUAAGAAACUGGGAGCUCUUACAGCUGAAGAAGUUAAGCUUAAAAUGGAAGCAGAUGAAAAGAAAAAGAAGAAAAAAAAGUAACAUACAAAAAAGAAAACAAAAAACCCUGAGCUAGAAUUUAUUAAGCUAUCUCCUUUUGUAAAGGAUUUUGAGAUACUAGGGCAUUAGUUGCCUUAUCCAUGAGAAGGAAUACCCUGAUCACUUUUUUCUGAGUUUGUUUUGUUCUUUAUAUAAACAGCAAUUCUUUAUAAAUUGUAUUCUCCAUGUUUUUUGAAAAAUUUUAUACUAGAAGGUGGUAUAUAUGUGUUUAUGUGCAUUGCACCUCAUCUAUUCCAGGCAGGUUUUGUCUAGGCAUGGUUUUAGGGGUAAUUCUUAAGGUUGUAAAGAUUUUUGCAAUGUGGCUACUGUAAUUAUCCAUCAAAUCCAAUGUCUGAGGCCAUUGGUUAGUCUUUAAAUAUAAUCUUGUCCCAGCAUUUGGUUUUGAGGAAAACAGAUUUUUUCAGUGCUCUAAUGGCAACAAGUAAACAUUUAGGUUUAUCCCUUUUUGUAAUCUCAUUUUACAUUUUGUUCCAAGAUUAAUCCAUAAUCCCAAAGUGCAAGGCCUUUUAAAUUAAUUCCCUAUUCCAAUAUGAGUCUGAGGAAGUAGUAAACCAGAAAGACAUCAAAUUUGCAAGAGAACAGGGAAAACCAGAUAUUUAGAGUUGAAGCAGCAUGCAACACGUUAUAUAGAAAUGUUUUUACUGACGAGGGCCAGGACUCAUCUAAAUCUAGCUCACUGAUUUCACAUAUUUAGAAGCUAAGGCAUACAGGGGAUAGGUUACUCACUGAAAGUCACAGCUGUGGCAGCUUGAAAACAAUGCUUCUUCAUAAAAAGUGGAAAGUAAAGAUGAGUUUAUCUUAUAAUGUUAGGAAAUUGAACCAUUUCUUCUUUUGAA